UAUUAUUGCGAGAGAAUAAAUUUUUUAGCCGCUUUAUUUUGUUAAGUGUUGGAGCUAUUAAGUGUUGGCUCCAACACUUGGAGAAAAACAUUUGCUACCAAAAUACUUCUCAGAUUCACAGAGAUGGCUUUGUAUUGUUUCUCAGAAUACUAAAUUGGAGUCUCUUUCUCCACCUCUCUCUCUCACAAACUCAUCAUCUCUUCGUCUCCAUCUCUCCUUCUUCGUGUUUUCUGGUCAAAUUCUUCAUGGCUUACACCGGACAACCUACAAUCUUUGUCGUUCACGCCCAACUGAGUUAAAUCUCCUGGGUAUGCCCAGUCCUAAUCUCUCUAUCUCCGUCAUCUCCGUUUCCUUUUAGUACUUCAUGUUCGGCUCCCUAAAUCCUUCUCUGAUUCGAGCCCUUCUCUGAUUUGUCUUCAAUGGAGAAGUACAAAGCCAAGAACGGUUCAAAGUCUUCUCCUUUGGAGUUCAACAAGAGAAGAGCUUAUGGUUUUGACGAAACUGGUCCUUGGAACGGGAAUGGACACAAGAUACUUCGCUUUCUGUAUUACUCUUCUUUGAUAAACAAAGAUUCAUCUUUAAUGCUGAGAGGGCUUGCAACGUUGCAACGUUUCUGUACAAAACAUAAGAUUAAACUAUCAAAGAUAAAUAUUGUCUCCUGUCUGCUCAGUACUGCAGGUGGACUUCCACGUUUGUUCUUGCUUUUGACUUAUGGCUUGGGUGUUGGUUCAGGACAAUGUGUUGGCACUUAUGGAAGAGAUGAUGUUGGUUCUGUUUCUUGUGGAUGGCUUCAUGACGGUUCAGUUAUCAUUGGCGCAAUGGCAGACAGAAGGAUCUACCUGUGGAGUUUAUAUGGGACUGAGAUAGACCACGAGCUAGAACAAAGGGCACAAACGGUUUCUGAUGUAGCCAUGACGAGUGAUGGGAAGUGGAUUGUAAGCGUGGGAAAGGAGCAGCAUGAAAUGAGGUCUUGCUUUGGUGGGUAUGAUGAAGAUUUCAUCGCUAGUGGGAGUGAGGAUUCUCAGGUAUACAUUUGGCACGUAGUAAAAGGGUUGAGACCUUGUCGUGUGCUGCGUGGACAUUCAGGAGCUGUGAACUGUGUGAGUUGGAACCCUGCUGAUAUUCAUAUGCUGGCUUUAGGGAGUGAUGAUAGAACCAUCCGGAUUUGGGGACUAGCCAUGAAUUAGUAGGUAGUGUUUCAAUGGUGUUUACUUUACUUCCAAAUUUGAUUUCAUUUGAUAUUCAUCAUGUACAAUAGAGAGAUAAGAACUAAAGUUUGAAUACUAAUAGUGAGAAGAAGAAAAAACUAAAGUUUACCUCAAGAUCCAAACCCUAAACAUGCCCUAAACAACGACCUAAUAUUUUUAACCUCAAGAUAUAUAAAUGUAAAACUAAAGGAUAGAAAUGAUAAUUAAAGUUUUGUUAUACUAUAUAUAUAAAAUAGUUUUGGGGGUUUAUAUAUUUAGUGUGAUAUUACUGUAUGGAGUUUGGUGUAUUUAAAAUCCUAAACCCCAAACCUUAUAUCGUACUUCAAACUCUAAACUCCAAACUCAAAAUUUUAUUUUUUCACAAUUCAUUCUUAAAAAAUUAUUUCAAAAAUUAAAUCUAAACCCCCAAACCUAAACUAUAGACAUACAUAUAUAUACCAUACCCUAAAUUAAUCAUAUAUCAUAAACUCUAACUAAUAAAUUUGAAACUCUAAUCUUCAUUAAAACUCUAACACAAUUUCAAAGGUCCAAAAUUUAUUCAUUUUAAAAAUCUAAUCUUAAAUUUAAAACCUAAACUUCAAACACUAAAUCUUAAAAUCUACACUAUGUAUUUAAUACCUUAGUCUCUACACAGAAAAUCAUAAAUCCAAUAUUUACAAACUUAUAAUAGAAACUUUAAAUUUAAACUUCAAGUAUAUUCUAAAACUCAAAUCAUAUACUUAAUCCUAAAUCUUAACCAUAACCCCUAAACCACAUAUCUCAUUUUAACAUAUAUCUUAAAACAUUAAAUCUUAAUUUUUAAAUGAAUUAUAUUCCUGUAAAUAAAUUAAAAUUUCAAAUAAAAAAUUUAGAUUUCAAAAUUUAAAUUAUUAUACCAAAUUAUUUAAAACUUAAAUAAUUUUUAUAAUAGCUAUAAAUAGAUAAGAAGACAAUUUGUAUUGUUUUUUUGAACCAUUGAUUGAUUUGAAUCAAAUGCCCAAAAUCAAUCUUGUAUCUAUUCAUAUCCUUUUUUCCUAUUGGUUAAAAAAAGUUGUGGGUGGAUUGAUAAUUUUAACCAUAGAUUAGAUAUUUUGAAUGGUUCAGAUUAAAUCUUUUUGUGUUUGUUUCUCUCUCUCUCACGCUUCUUCACUUUCUCCCUCUCUCUCUCUCUCUCUCUCUCCCCCUCUCUCAAACGAAGAACAACGAGAUUCAAACCUCGUCUUCGUCUCCACCACAGUUCGUUGUUACAGCCACAAUUCCUAAUCUUACAGAUCUUGUCUCUCUAAUCUCUAUCUUCAUCAUCACUAAGCCUUGUCACAACCAAACCUCGUCUUCGUCUCCACCACAGUUCAUCGUCGUUACAACCACAGCUCUGCGGGUGUGUUUUAUUUAUUUGGGACAAAGUUCUUAUCUUGUACCGUAAAGUGGAGGAGGCUGAAAAAGUUUGGUGCUGGUGGUCUCGCCACCGACUCCAUAUCAGAAGAAGCGUGGCUCGAGACGAGAAGACAAAGGGCUGGUGAUUCUAGAACAGAACAUAACUCGUGCUCUGUUUUUUCUGUGGUGAGGCGACGACAGUGGAGGCUGGAGGCUGGAGGCGGAUGCUCUGGAGGCUUGCUGGAGGCUAGAGGCGGAGGAAUUAGGGUUGUAGGCAGAGGCUUAGAUUUUUUUUUUGUCGACAGGCAGAGGCUUAGAUUAGCUUUAGGUUAAUUAUGUUUUGGUUAAUUAUCUUUUGGGUUAAUGUUUUAAUUUGUUUUUAAUUACUUGUAUACUGAUUUUAAUUAAUAAAUAAAAUUUAAUUUUUAAUUA